AUGGCCCAGCCCCUGCGCGCGCCGCCCCCCGAGUCCUGGAUGCUCUCCGCCGACCGGGGCCGAGCUCGGCUGCCACCGCCCUCCGACGGGGACCCCGGCUGCUCCCCCGCCUCAUCCCCAGGCUCCUGGGGUAGCGCCCCAGCCGGCAGACGCGUGCCCAGCCUCGCGCGGCCCGCGGCCCGCCCGGGCCCCCGCAGCCCGGCCCCAGGCAGGCGCUGCCGUCUGGGCGGCGGGCAGCGGCAGAGCGCCAGCGAGCGCGAGAAGCUGCGCAUGCGCACGCUCGCCCGCGCCCUGCACGAGCUGCGCCGCUUCCUGCCGCCGUCCGUGGCGCCCGCCGGCCAGAGCCUCACCAAGAUCGAGACGCUGCGCCUGGCCAUCCGCUACAUCGGCCACCUGUCGGCCGUGCUGGGCCUCAGCGAGGAGAGCCUGCAGCGCCGGCGCCGGCGGCGCAGCGACGCGGCGUCCCCGCGGGGCUGCCCGCUGUGCCCCGACGGCGGCCCCGCGCGGGCGCAGGUGCAGGCGCAGGCGCAGGUACAGGUGCGCGGCCCGAGCCUGGGCUCAGCCGCCCGCGCCGGGGCGUCCUGGGGGUCUCCACUGGCCUUUCCUGGGGCCCAAGUCAUGCCCGAGACGGGCGACCCGCUGGUGCUGUACGCAGAGGCGCCACGUCCCGAAGGGCAGGCGAUGGAGCCCAGUCCCUGCUCUCCGCUCUUUUCUGGAGACGUGCUGGCCCUGUUAGAGACCUGGGUGCCCCUCUCGCCUCUGGAGUGGCUGCCUGCCUGAGGAACCCUUGUGACAACGGACAGCUGGUGCCCUGUCUGUGAACACUGAAGCUUUUGCGCUUCAGCACCUUCAAAAUGGCUCCUCUCCAGACUGCCUGUCCUAGAAGAUGCCACCAGUUUUACUGGCAUGGACAUUCCUACAGGUGACAGCCUAUCCCCACCCAGGACAACCCUCUCCAGCCCCUCCCUGGAUGGAGGGACCCAUAAGGUAGACGCUUCGAAGCAGGCAGGAGUCUGUCUGUGCCUAGUGUGAAUGUAUUUAUUUAUGAAUAAACAAACUGUGUCAGUUGGCAAUUGCUUCUUCCUCUAGGUGGACACCUAGCUCCCUCUCUCCCCUCCAAAGAAGAAUGCAGGGAGUUGAGAGUGGCUCUUGCAAUCUUCAGUCCCCCAAACCCACAGGCCCAGGCCCCUUCCACCUUGCCCCCAGCCCUGGCUCUGCAUCUCCUGUUCCAGACGGGUCAGCCUGGAAGGGCGGGAUGGGGCCUUCCUAAGAGAAAGUGGCAGCAAGUAGAAUCUGUUUCUCUUUUCUUUGAACUUGAUGGGGAACUGGAUAAAACCAAAAUAUCUCUGUAAAAAAUACAAUUCUAUUGUUGAGUACUUUCUGUACAUCAGGUACCUUACACAUAUUACACCCAAAUAGUCAUUUUACAGAAGAAUAAAGAUUUUUUUUAGCUCCUUUCAUUCUGGGGCUUGAGGGGGAACCGGCUCCAUAGGGUCAUUUCACUAUGUCCCGAGGCCUUACUACCCUUGUGCUGGAGCACCCUGGCCUGGGGCCCUGGGAUUUUUCCCAUCUCCCUUCUCUCUUCUCUCUGAUUCCAUCUCACAUGGUUUAGGGGCAUAAAUGACAUCAGUGGGACAGUCCCGAGUUCAUAUAACCAUGACCUCCUAGAAGCCUAGCGAGGAUGAGAUGAGGGGUUGCAUUCAGAGACACAGAUGAGCUUCGAGCAGGCAGCUGCUGUGCUGCUAUCUGCGCUGGCUGCCUUCAGACGCAGGCAGCACUGUAUUGGGGAGGGAGCCUUGAGCCCAGAAAGAGCUGUGGUCUCACCGGCCAUGGAG